UUUCCUCCCCAUUUUUGCAACAUUACAUGUGAUUCAAGGACAGAGGUGAAAUAUAUGCAGUCCCCCUCUCACUUACGUACUACCCCAUCCUUCAAGCCCCUCUUCCCUCUCAAAACAAACCCCAAAGUGACAGAUGAAUUGGAAGGUUCUGAUCUCAGGCAUGCAGACUGACUGUUUCUGCCAGUGACAUAAAUAGUGAAAUCAGCCACUGCUCAUGUGCAUGCAUGUACAGAAGCUGAUUCUGUGAGAUGCAUUGUGCUACGCCCUGCGGAUUCAAGAUCAGUCUAAUCUGGAUCUAAAACUCCAGCAACCUCUUUUGCAACAUUUUACUGGUUGAUAAGAAAUCGGGUGGGAACUCCCCUUUCAUUAUAUUCUGUAUCACCUACGAGUUUAUGAAAUGUUGUGUAUUACAUUGUCUUUCAAAUCUGGACUCAGGUUUUCUUUUCUCCUUAGAGGUCUGUAUAUGUUGUCAGUUUUAUAAAUACUGCAUGUUGCAGCAUCUAUUUACAUUAUUAAAACACAUACCUCUGUGAUACUGUCUCUUGCUGUUCCUAGUGUAAUGGAGUUAAUAUUACUAUUUUAAAAUAUUUCUGUAAAACCCUAAAGUUGCUAUGUUGUCUUCUUGUGAUGGCAUCAUUUGUUGCCUGUAUUUUGCCCAGCGUCUCCUUAGAGGGCAUUUUUGCUUUAAAAAGUAACAUGUAUUCUUUUUCUAAGAGAGACAAAUAAAGAUCCCUUUAAUGUAAGGACAGGAGAGAUGAAACUUAUUACCCACCCUGUCUGAACAGGUGUGAAAAAUGGUUGAAAAAUAUUUACGAUAAAUUGGGGGGCUGAUACUUGUCUCAGUUCCACUGGUGUCAAUUCAGAGUCAUCCCAUUGACUUGGGACUUGAUACUGCCAGAUGCUGAGCACUUUGGUUUGGAUCCACUCAUGUAUCUAAACACAUCUUCAGGUCAGCAAGGUACUUAAGCAAGUGCUUCACUUUAAGCACACAGGUCAUCCCAUUGUACUAAUCAUGCUUAAAGUGAAGCACAUUGUUCAGUGCUUUCCUGGAUUAGGGCUAGAGUACUUAGUAUUGUACAGGACUGAGCCCCUAAAUGGAAUGACCCUGGAUUUACACUAGGGGAACUGAGAUCAGAAUCUGCCCCUCGAGUAAUAACAGAUAUUCAUUACAGUAGUUUUUAUGAUGGAGAGGAAGAAGAUGAACAUGUUGACAAUGAGACAACUGUAAACAAAGCAGUACUUUGUUAUGAUCUUUAUGUGUCAGACAUAUAGUCUUGUGUCUAAACUCGAGGUACUGGUACUAGACUGAUACUUUGCUUCAAUUUAAGAACAUGAUUUUUGAUUCAGUACCGUUAAAUGUCCAUAAAGAGUUCAGUCGCUCUCUCUUUCUUACUGUUUUUAUAGUAGUUGUUAGUACUGCAGUAGAGAUUUUAUAUACAAGACUUAUUUUAAUUGUUCUGUCUAUGAAGCAAUCAUAACAAUAUCUUUGUUGUAAGUUGAAUUCUAAUGCACAGAUACGUAGUAAUCAUUUUCAUUAUAAGUUGCAUUAUAAUAUGUUAAACAUAUAAAAUAUUGUGUGUCUAUAUCUAGCUAUCUGUCUAGGAAUACAGGUGGUAUAUCACACACAGUACAUAUAGCAAAAAAUUACAGUUGAAAAACAUGUUAUGGAUUUUUUUUAAAAUUCUGCAAUAACACACUUUAUUUAUACACCUAUAUCACAAAGGUAGAUACAUCCAUUGGGCACAUUACUUUACUUCCAACUUAAACACAUGCAGCACAAGCACUGUAUUUGAGAACCCCUCACUAUAUUAAAAGAUUAUAUAGUGUCAUCUAAACUAACUGGAGCUUCAAAAACUAGCCAUACAAGAACAUAACUUAGAAAUGACAACAUGUUGUAGCCUGAACAUUAAAGAAAAAAUAGUAAUACAAAAUGUGACAUUUUCUAACCGUGUGAUAAAUUAAUGGUGUUAUAAAACCAUGAACCAUUGAGGCCUGUUCAAGUUUGUUAGAAUCCUGAAAUAAAUUUAUAUGGCAUCCAUAAUGUGUUCUUAAGCUGCUGUAACAUUCCAUACAAGCAUGACCUACUGUCCCAAGAAACUUUUUGUAUUUAACUCUCUGUGAAAAGGUGUCUCGAUAAGUAACAACAGUAUUUGAGUAAUAGCAUCACAGUUGAUAACUUAUCAAAACCAAUCAACUUGAGAAGAGGAAUGUGUUUUUAUUUCACAGAUGCCUUUGCCAUUAGUAUUUAAUAUCCUCCAAAUUGAGUGAUUUGUAUAAUGAAGAGACUGAAACAAUAGCAAAAAUUGAGGCUACAGAUGUUUCAUAUUUUUUCCCAAGAGCUGAGAUAAAUACAGGAAUAAAUGAUAUCAUGUCUUCGCUUGACAUUCAGAAGGCUUUGGCAUAUCUGAUAAGAUAGUUUCAGGGUUUAUCAAAGUGAGUUUGUAUAAAAAGAAAAAAGAUACCAGCUGGUAUUUUGGUUCUUUUCCCUAUAAAGGUUGGAAACCAUAUACGUGCAAGUGUGGGGAAAUUAUGGCCUGUGAGUAGGCACAUCAUUGUUUCAUGAAAGGAAGCGACAGUUUCCCAAAUCCAGAUGUAUAUAUUUUGACUGGCAUUUCUCAAGGAGUGUAAGAACGUUGGAUGCCCAACUCAUCAGUACUGAAAGUCUGUAAGAGUUAGUGGCUGGAUUUUCAAAACCAUGUAAGUGACUUAGGAGCACAAGUCUCAUUGACUUUCAAUCAGACCUGCCCUUUUAAAUCAUGUGCUUUUGAAAAUCCUAGGUACCUAACUUACUUAGGCUCAUUUGAGAAACUCAGGUUUAUUUAUUGUCAUUUUAAUAUGUAUUAAAUUCAGAGACAUAGAACAGGAUUCUCAUCUGGUAUAAAUCAGACCAUUUUAAAAAAUCUUGAUAAGUAGCUCACGAGUUGCCCUUCAACUACAUAGAUAAACAUCUAUAAGGCACUUUCCAUAGAAACAAACUCAGUGGUCGGUAUAUAUAGAUUGAUCUUAAUCAAUGCAUCUCUGGUUCUUCUGGUGCUAAAGGUUGUGCAUGCAGGCUCUAGAGCGUGCCAUUUGCAGUUUCUGUUAGUACAUUGUAUAAUAGGUGAUU